ACCCCAGAGUCUCAUCACAGCCCCCAGAAAUAAACAAAACAAUUCACCCCAGCACCUACACCUCUGCUCUGUACCACUGGAGAGGUUAUGAGACUGUCACUGCCAAGGAGACACUAAUACUAAGAUUUAAAGAUGACCAAGUCCUAUCGCGAUAAUGGGUUAAUUAUGUCCGACAGCCAAGGCUCGAGAGGUUGGGUGGGAGAGUGUUUGAGCUCUCAGGACGAGCACGACUUGGAGAAGAAGGAUGAAGACCUAGAAAGUAUGAUGAAGGAUGACGAUGAGGACUCUCUCAACCAUCAUAAUGUAGAGAACGACGAGGAAGACGGGGAGGAUGAUGACGAUGAUGAUGAUGAUGAUGAUGACGAGGAGGAUGAGGACGGGGAUGACGACCAGAAACCUAAGAAACGUGGUCCUAAGAAGAAGAAGAUGACUAAAGCCAGGGUGGAGCGCUUCAAGGUGAGGCGCAUGAAAGCCAACGCUCGGGAGAGGAACCGAAUGCACGGUCUGAACGCUGCCUUGGACAGCCUACGCAAGGUGGUGCCUUGCUAUUCCAAGACCCAAAAGCUGUCCAAGAUCGAGACCCUGCGCCUGGCUAAAAACUACAUCUGGGCUCUUUCUGAGAUCCUGAGGUCCGGGAAAAGUCCAGACCUGGUGAACUUUGUGCAAACCCUUUGCAAAGGCUUGUCCCAGCCAACUACCAACCUGGUGGCUGGGUGCCUUCAGCUGAACUCCAGAACUUUUCUUCCAGAGCAGAACCAGGACAUGCCAACGCAUAUGCAAGCGGCAAGUGCUUCCUUCCCCCUGCAUCCCUACCCUUACCAGUCCCCUGGUCUUCCCAGUCCUCCUUAUGGUACCAUGGACAGCUCCCAUAUAUUCCACGUCAAGCCCCAUUCAUACGGGACUGCCCUGGAGCCUUUCUUUGAGAGCACUGUCACUGACUGCACCAGCCCCUCGUUUGAUGGGCCCCUCAGCCCCCCUUUGAGUGUUAAUGGGAACUUUACCUUCAAACACGAGCCUUCUUCGGAGUUUGAGAAGAAUUAUGCCUUCACCAUGCACUAUCCGGCUGCCAGCCUAGCCCAGAGCCAUGCUCCUAUUUUCUCCAGCACUGGCCCACGUUGUGAAAUCCCUAUAGACAGCAUCAUGUCCUUCGAUGGGCACACACACCAUGAGAGAGUCAUGAGUGCCCAACUUAAUGCCAUCUUUCACGAUUAACUUUUCAGAGAUCAAAUGAUGAAACUUUUGUAAUUGCCCGUGCUUGUCUUGUUUACAAUGGGUACCGUGGCUGAAAAGUGCACCUGCCCCACCUGGGUACCAUGGCUGAAAGUGCACCUACCCCACCUGGGUACCAUGGCUGAAAGUGCACCUACCCCACCUGGGUACCAUGGCUGAAAAGUGCACCUACCCCACCUGGUGAAUGACAUCUUUCCAUUUGAUCUGUACUGCCUAUCACACGAAAAAAAGAAACUUUGACCUGCUGUAUUAUUAAUGUAUAUAUAACCAGAGCUCACACAGGAGCCACUCUCUUAAAUUAGGAGCACACAACCUUUAUUCACAACGUGUUAUUUUAUCUGAUGCAGAUAAAAAAAAGAAAAAGCAAUAAUUAGGAUCUAUGCAAUUUUUAAAACCAAUGGUGGGCCAAUCAAAUACAUAUAUAUAAAUCUAUUUUUCGACCAGCAUUUUACUACUAGUUAUUGUACCCAUGGCUGAAUUAUUUUGUUGUGAUUUUUUUUGUACAGAAUUUUUAAUGGCUUUUUCUAAUGUGAAUUUCCUAUUUUAAAGAUUAAAAAAACAAAAACAAACAUGCAGCUCCGUCGAUUUUUUAUACCUAUGGGGG